AUGGUUUCCUUUCCCUCUCCCUUUCGUAUCCUGACUUUAGUUCAACUUUUUUUUGGAUUUACAUCCCUCCAAGCUUCUUUACUUGAUCCCAAUUCAAGCAACUCCUCAGCAACUUGCAAUGAGAUUGAGAGGAAAGCACUUCUUCGGUUCAAAGCAGGCCUUAAAGACCAUUCAGGCAGGCUUUCUUCAUGGUUUGGCAAAGAUUGUUGCACAUGGUCUGGUGUUGGUUGCAACAAGCUGACAGGUCAUGUCACAAAGCUCGACCUCAGAAAUCCUUAUGACCAUUCUUACCAACAAAGCGCAAGUGUUGUCGUGGCUUUUGAAUUGGCAAGGUUAAGUGGUAAGAUAAAUCCUUCACUCCUUGUUUUAAGUGCAUCCUUUGUUGGUUUGGUCCCUCAUCAACUUGGAAAUUCGUCAAACUUGAAAUGUCUUGAUCUUUAUUCUGAGCCACUAAAAGAUUCUCAAAACAUUUGGGUUUCUGAUUUGAGUUGGAUAAUUGGAUUUUCUUCAUUGAAGUACUUGAAUUUAGGAUAUGUGGAGCUUAGUUUGGCAUCAACAAGUUGGCUACUAGCUAUUAAUAUGCUUCCUUAUAUUAAAGAGUUGCAUUUGCCUACUCUAGAUCUAUCAUCUAAUGAAGUGAGUGGAGAAUUAGACAAAUUUGUGAGCAGUUUAUCUAAAUGUGGCAACAUUAGCUUGGAAAUGUUACACUUAUGGUCUAAUAAUUUGUCAAGCCAAAUACCUACACCAUUGGGACAUUUUAAGAAUUUGAAAUCUCUUCGCCUUCUAGAUAAUCCAAUCUCUAGUUCAAUUCCAGCAUUUAUUGGAAAUUUGUCAUGCAUAGAGGAAUUAUACAUCAACAACGGCAAGUUGAAUGGAGCCAUCCCUGAAAGUAUAGGACAGCUUAAAUAUUUGGUCGAAAUAUAUCUUGAAGGUAAUUGGAAUGGUGUCAUAUCUGAGGCUCAUUUCCUCCACCUAAAAAAUCUUAAGACCUUAUACUUAUUAUCUAGGAACAAGUCUCUAACAUUUGAUGUUAGAAGGGAUUGGGUUCCUCCUUUCAAUUUGGAGCUUAUCUUUAUCAAUUAUUGUGAAAUUGGUCCCAACUUUCCUACAUGGGUCAAGACACAAAGGAAACUGAGGUUUCUAAGUCUUGAGGAAGUGGAGAUCUUAGAUAGAAUACCUGAUUGGUUUUGGGAACAAACUCUACAGCUUCGAAACUUGCGGCUCUACAAUAACAAAGUAAGAGGAAGGCUUCCCAAAUCUCUAAAAUUUGCACCAGGUGCCUUUACUGUAAACCUAAGUUCUAACCUCUUUGAGGGUCCACUUCCACUUUGCUCAAGCAUCAGGAUUCUUUCUUUAAGAAACAACUCUUUUUCAGGACCGAUUCCAGAAAACAUUGGUCAAAAGAUGUGGAUGGUGGAAUACUUAGAUCUUUCUAAAAACUUUCUUAGUGGUACUAUUCCUUCUUCCAUAGGCAAGUUUAAAAAGUUGCAAGUUAUGUAUCUUUCAAACAACCUCCUUUCAGAAAAAAUCCCCUGGUGGAAACAUUUGACAACCUUUAGAGUCUUAGAUUUCUCUAAGAACAAUCUUUCUGGCAAUAUUUCUAGCUCAAUAUGUUCACAACUCAGGCUUCACAUAUUGAAACUGAGUGGUAACAAUCUUUCAGGGAAACUCACAACCUUACAAAACUGUAGUGGACUAUCAGAACUCGAUCUUGGAAAUAACCAAUUUUAUGGAAGAAUUCCAAAAUGGAUUGGAGCAAGGUUAUCAUCUUUAUCGAUAUUGAGCUUGAGAGGAAAUUUGUUUAAUGGAAACAUUCCUCAAAAUUUAUGUCAUCUUUUCGAUCUUCAUAUUUUGGAGCUUCGACAUAACAAUUUAUCAAGACAAAUCCCACCAUGUCUAGGCAAUCUAAGCAGGUUGAGUUACUUGGUCCCUUAUUCUCCUCAAGCACCUGGUUAUCAUCCUGUUUACUGGAAUGAAAUGGAGUUCAAUGUCAAAGGUAGAAUACUUGAAUUUUCCUUGAUACUCGAUCUCGUGAACAUCAUAGACCUAUCAAAGAAUAAUCUACAAGGAGAAAUCCCAAGGGAGAUAACAAAUUUCUCAACCUUAGAUACCUUGAAUUUGUCAUGGAACCAACUUACUGGAAACAUACCAGAGAAGAUAGGAAAUAUGCAAUGUUUGGAAACUCUUGACCUCUCAGGCAAUUAUCUUUUCGGCCCAAUUUUUUCAAGCAUGUUGGACAUAACAUCCUUGAACCAUUUGAAUUUGUCAUACAAUGACUUGUCUGGAUCAAUUCCAUCAACCAACCAAUUCCAAACCUUUAAUGACCCUUCUAUUUAUGAAGGCAACCCAAAACUUUGUGGAUACCCAUUGCCAAUAAUUUGCUCAACACCCAAGAAUGAUCAGCCUAAGAGUCAAAAGGACGAAAGCAAAGCUAAAUAUAUGGCUGAAGUGUUAUGGUUCUACUUCUAUUUAGGCAUGGCACCCGGAUUUUUUUUGGGGUUUUGGGCUGUUUUAUUUUUCUUUCAUCGUUAA